GAUCAAAUUCAGGAGAGAUCUAUGGAACAAUGGAUUCAACACAUAUUGCAGCAUAUUUCGUCUUCAUCCUCGUUUCGCGAUGUUUCUGCAUAGUGCUUUCGGGGGCGUGCCCGACUCAUUUUGUCAAUAUUUCAUCACGAUGCUAUUACGUAAGCAGCAUGGACGUCGAAGGGUUCGAAGCCUACACGUUAUGUGAUGGUCUUCAUUCCGGGGCAACGCUGGCCGUUUUUCAGACGGAUGCUGAGAAAAAGAACGUAGCCGAGGGUUUGAGCUUAACGAAUGGAACACGUUAUCUGAUUGGCCCACAUCCUGCCUGUGAAAGCGGUUGCUAUACGAUUCGACCAAUGGCAAACCUGGAAACACCACUCAUCGGGCUAAUCUCAUGUGAAACCUUUCUUCAGUUUAUCUGCGAAGCACCUAUCAUCUAUGACGUUCCUGACGUGACCAUUUCCACAAUUACCAGCGACUCCACAUCCAUCACUGCACAAUGGUCCUUCUCUUCUUCAUCCACAUCCUACACGGGUUUCAGAGUAACUGCGACGCCCUCUACGGGUGCCCAACAAUCUACCGUGAACGUUAAUUCUUCCGAGUUAUCCGCAACGUUGAGCGACCUUUAUUCCGGGACGGUUUACAAUGUGACUGUUUAUGUUCUUAAUGAAGAUCAGAUUAGCACUGGAGUGUCAAUGGAUUCAUUCACAUAUCCCGGUUAUGUGCCCUGCCUCUUGGCGACCAAUGUCGACAAGGAAAUAACGAUAUCGUGGUCGAGUGCCGCUGGCGAGGUCGACGGUUACCGCGUCUGGGCUUACGUCACAGAGAAGACCCAGGAGGACCAAGAGACAGGUGACCCGACCACCCUAUCGCAUACCUUUAGCGGAAAGAACGGGAAGACCUAUGCCAUUGACCUCUACAGUUACGUCUGGGUCAACGGUGUACAGUACUGGAGCUUUCCCAUAGAAGCAGAUUUUCAUCUAGAUAAGGAUGGACUAAACGAAGUGAACGUAGGGUCGUAUCCGUGUACUGCUGUAACUCCUGCACCGAUCACAACGACUUCCUCGCCUGCCGCAAACACGACAACAUACUGUCCAGUUGUAGAUAUCUACACUACAACUUUGCCAACAACAACUGAUGCCCCGUCAACGCUGCAAACUACAAAAGAAGUAACAACAACGAUGACUACCACUUAUCCUACGACUACAGCAGUUCAGACAACAGCAAACCCAACAUCAACCUCAGUGAUGACUACCUCCCCUACAACAGUUGCUCAGACAACUACAAAACCAGCAACAACCUUACUCGUUACCACAGACCUUACAACUCUACAGACGACCCAUCCUCCUCUAACUACCCCUAAAACCACUAGUGCCUCUACAACAGAUAUGCAGACAACCACAAAGCCUACGACAAGUACACCUCCUACAACGACUUUUCACAGUUCGACUGACCCUACAACAUACCCUUCAACAACCCUUCAGACAACAACUAAUCCUACGACGAGCAUUCCGACAACCCUUGGAUUUACCACAACGGUUGAGACAUCAAAUGCCCUUACCUCAGCUCCACAGACUCCUUCUGACAGUUCUGAUCCCCAAACAACAGCCACUCAGUCAAGCGCAGCGCCAUCUACAGUACAAACUGUGACACCAUUAGUGGAAACGGGCAUCUUCACUGACAUAUUGGAGACUACGCAAGAAACAUCAUCCAUCGAAACAAACGUCAAUACAUGCAACUCAUCUGAAGGGGUUUUGAAUUCGGAAGAUUAUAUUGCUCUUAUACCCAACGAAAAGGCAAACUUCACUCAGGAUGUGAUCUCCGAUUUGAUUUACUUCAUGAACGAGACCCGGGACGAGGAGACGGUCUACUCUUACAUGGAGACGGCCUGGCCUUCGCUGUUUGGUCCAAAUUGCCAGCCCAUCGCACCAAUAAGGUCCAAGCCUACCCCUUUCAUGAUCGAAGUAAUGGGCUCUACCUUAAUGGAGCACCUUCUCAAUGUUACGAACGAGACUCUAAAUCUUGCGUUCUACGAUGUCGGCAUUGUCAGAGAAUUUCGCAUGAUUGUCAACCUUGCUGUUAAUGACAGCGACGUCAACAUGAUGUUUGGCGAAAGAAGUGAUACCUAUGUGGAGAUUCCUACGGCUGCUCUAAGAAAUGGCGAUUGCUGUAAAGCUUUGAUGUUCAUCCUAUACAAUGAACCACCUUUAGAUGAGACGAAGAACCAGUGUGCGGACCUUGAUCAACAGGGUCAAUGCGAGGGAAAUGAUAUACUCAUCGGAGAUUUUAUCACUUUAGAGAUUUUCCCACCAAAUCCCGACCCGUUUCCCGCCCCUGUUGUGUUUCAUUUUACACCGGAACAAGUAGUAGCAUUCCCAAACGAGACUGUGUGUGUAUGGCUGGACGAGGAAGCGAUUAACCAUGACAACAACAUCUGGAGAACGAGUGGGUGUGUCACCAUCAACGGAACGGAAUCCGGAACCAGAUGCGAAUGUGACCAUCUGACUAGCUUUAGUAUUCUUAUGAAAGUCACCGAAUAUGAGAUACCAGAGAUCCAUGGAAAAGCAUUAUCUAUCAUCACCUUCAUUGGCUGUGGUGUAUCGAUUGUGUGCGCAGUCCUCAUUAUUAUUCUAUUUCUUUGUUUCGGAUUGAUGAAAGAAGAGAGGAUUCUCCAUACCAUGUUACUUGUUGCUAUUGCAGCGGGCCAGCUUACGUUUCUUGUUGGAAUAGAUCGAACAGAAAAUAAGGUGGGAUGCAAAGUGGUUGCCAUAGUGAUUCAAUAUUUCAUGACAGCGAGCUUCUCAUGGAUGUUGAUCGAAUCAGUCUAUCUUUACCGUCACGUGGUACUUGUCUUUUCAUCACGUGUUAAUAUUAGCUAUUACGUCAUUGCUGGAUGGGGUGUGCCGGUUGUUCUUGUAGUCAUUUCGCUAGGCAUUUCCUUUGACCACAUACCAAGUGAAAACUUUUGUUGGCUAUCGACGGCGGGAGGGGCCAUCUAUGCAUUCGUUGGACCUGCAUUGGCCGUUAUUGUUAUCAACACCAUUCUGUUGGGCAUCGUUCUUCGAGAAAUCAGAAGAAUCAUCGAUCGGGAUAUAACAAAAAUUGAGGUGUCUAAAGCAAAAACCACUGCGAAAACCCUCCUUGUGUUCAUACCUGUUAUGGGGGUGCCCUGGGUGUUUGGAGUUCUGGCUAUCAACGGAGACACCCUCAUAUUCGACUAUCUCUUCACAGCAUUGACGAGUUUCCAGGGCCUGAUGAUAUUCCUGAUCCACACUGUUGGAAAUAGAGAGUUUCGCUCCAAGGUUUCUCGAAAGAGACGUAAAGUUGAUCCAUUCUCAAACAGCAGAGGGCGCACUAAUCCUUCAAGCAGCGGUGCCACCUCAACAACCACGAUUCCCAUGAAAUGAGAGCUACAAAUCCAGUUCAAUGCUACAGUUACACAAACGAAACCGACUCCAAACCGACCGAUGGUAUGUCAUUGGAAAUAACGUAAUAAAUUUGAACGGUCUGGAGUCGGUUUCGUUGGUGUGACUGUAACCGAAACCGAUUCCAAACCGACCGACGGUAUGUCAUUGGAAAUAACGUAAUAACUUUGAACGGUCUGGAGUCGGUUGGUGUGACUGUAACCGAAUCAUGGGCGGAAAUCCCAGGGGGGACAGGGGGGACGUGUCCCCCCUACUCAAAAUAGUAGGGGGGACACAAUAUCAAAUGUCCCCCCUACUAUUUUUGGUAUUUUAUGAUGGUAAGAAAUACAUCAUUCUAAAUCGAAAUAAAACAUGUAUUUUGGGACGAGAUGAUCUUACUUUGGCGAUGAUAACCUUUUCUUUUGCUUGUCAAAUUUUCCCGCCCCUUGCCCCCAUAGGCGGAUCCAGGGGGCCGAGGGGCCCGCCCUCCCCCCCCCCCCCCUCUUGGCGGAGCAAAAAAGAAAAAAAGGGAAAAGAGAGAAGAAAAAGAAGAGGACGACGAGUGCAUAAAAUAAGAUGAGGGGAAGACUUGGACAAUAAAAAUAAUCUUUCGUGCCACUAUAUAAAAUUUUCGCUCGCGCUUCGCGCUCGCAUUGCCUGUUAGAUGAUUUACAUAUCUUGUUCAAUAUGGAGUUCGAAUAUCAAGUUUGGAAGUCAAAAUACAAAACAUAUUUCACCUCAGAAAUCGAACUUUCAUUAUUUUGUGUUAUUUACAAAUUAGUUUUUAAAAAGUGCUCUGUAAAAAUGUCAGUUUUAUGGUCUGAAUGUUAACAUUUGCUGCUUGCGCUGCGCGCUCUCAAAUUUUGAUUUAUCAGGUACCUAUUAUUUUCGUGUAUUCCAUAAAGUGUUCAAAAUAUCCCUUUUCAGGUCUGACUGUCAAGACGUAUCAGCUAGCGCGCUGCACCUUCGCAUUUUGAUUGACGAGUUAUAUAAAUGUUUUAAUAUUGAUUAUACAACAAACUACUUAACAUCCCCUUUUCAUGACAGUUUAUCAAAAAUUUUAGCUCGCGAUUUGCGCUCGCAUUAAUGGUUAAAUAAUAUUAACUGAUGCAUCCUAUUCAUAAUCACAAAAGUGAAAUGUCCAGUUUUUAUGCCAUGAUAUCAUCAGAUUUUGCGCCCUCAUUAGGCAUUAAUAAAUAUGAUAUUGAUUUAAUAAUUAAAUUGUCCCUUUUGUUUCAUCUCGCGCUUAGCAAGAGGAAUAGGAAGAUAUACAUCAUUUUCAUAUGAUGACAUGUCGUAAGGAUGUCCCGGUCCUAUGUCAAAACUCAAAGUAAAAAUAAUAUCAGCUCUUUUUUAAGUGUGAUCCAUAUCCACCUUACAAUUUUUCUACAAAGUGCUUGCAAUAUAAAGCUGAAAUUGACUCUUUUUUUCAGAUCGGAAUAUCAAAGUUUCAUGAUUUUCAUGAUGAAAGUUGUAUUUAGAAUGCCUAGAUUCUAGGUCUAAAUAUGAAACACGCUCGCGCAUGUUUAUUCAGAUACUCAACUUGUUCUCUAAUUUAAAUCAUUAUCCAGUUUCAGAUCACAUAUCAAAAAUUUUCUGCUCACGCUUUGUGCUCGCAUUAUUAAUGUAGAAAGACCCCAUAUUACUCAUCCUUUUGAUGAUUUACAAAACAUGAACAGAAUGGCCCAUUUUUAGGUCUAAAUCUCAAAAAAAAAUUCUGCUCGCGCUUCGCGCUCGCAUCAAUCGUUAAAUUAUAUAGCUAUCCUGUUCACGAUUACAAAAACUGAUUAAAAUUUUCCAUUCUUACUUUAGAAAGUUCAAAAAUUUUCAGCUCGCGCUUCGCGCUCGCAUAUUUUGAUUAUUGAAAUAUGUAACGCCUUGAUGGCUAAGUGCAAGAAGUCCUUAACAGGUACCUUUUCAACAGGUACCAGUUCAAAACGUAUAUAAAAAAAUUUCUGCUCGCGCUUUGCGCUCGCAUUAUUAAUACUCAUCCUUUUCAGGAUUUACAAAAUAUGAAUAGAGCGUCUCUUUCAGUAAAUAUUAUAGGACUAAAUCUCAAAAUUUUCGGCUCGCGCUUCGCGCUCGCAUUAAUUGUUUAAUAAUUAUAUACCUAUUCUGCUUGAGUUACCAAAAAGGGCUUAGAAUUUCCAUUCUUUAAGUGAAAAUGUCUUUAAAAAAUCAGCUCGCGCUUCGCGCUCGCAUUAUUUGAUUGUUAAAUGCUACUUUAACAGGUAGCCUAUCUUUUCCAUGCAUCAGUUCAUUUCUGCUCGCGAUUUGCGUUCGUAGUAAUUAUUAAGUUGCAUACACAUCUUUUUCAGGAUAACAAACAUUGCCCAGAAUCAGUUCAAAUUUUAGGAAAAAAUACAUAAAAUUUCUAAAAAGAUUAGCUCGCGCUUCGCGCUCGCAUCAUAUAAAUAAGCAUUAUGAUAUUAUAUAUCAAUUUAUAAGAAUAAAGCUAAGGAGUGACUAAUUAGGACUACCCCUUAAAAGAAACAAACAAAAAUCAUCUUCGAGCUGCCGAUCGGGGAAAAUAUGGCUGAAACAAAUUUCCGCCCCCCCCCCUAAUGGCGAAGGCUCGAUCCGCCCCUGUGUCCCCCCUACCUUUUGGGAGAGAUUUCCGCCCCUGAACCGAAUCCGACUCCAAACCGACCGAUUAGAUGGUGUAUAUUUCGAAGUAGCUUUGAUCGGUCUGGAGACGGUUUCACCAAUUAGACUGCAGCAUUGUAUAUUAAAUAACCCCGCCAAACGAAGCUUCAAGGGGGUGUAUAUGAAACUGCGUACGUUUUGGGCGGUCGGUCGACCCGUUGCAAAUCUUGCGCUUCGAACUACUUCUCUAAUUUGUAACCUAUUGUCAUGAAAUUUGGAAUACACAUUGGUCUUGGGGGUAAAGUGUGUGUUGGGAACUUUGCUGCCAUGGUUACGGUAUAUUACGGCAAAAAUUAGGUAAAAAUCUUGUGGUUCGAAUUAUUUCAGUUUUCAACCACUUCUCAUGAAAUUUGGCCACACAUUGGUCAUGAGGUAAAGAUGUAUAAAAAAACACACACAUUUUUGGCAUAUGUCGGAAAUCGUAUUGCCAUGGUAACAACAUAUUAUAUGGCGAAAAUCGAAAAUUAGCUUAAAUUGCUGUUCAAACUCCUUCAUCACUUUUUAACCAAUUUUCCUGAAAUUGACCACAUUACAGGUCUUGAGCUAAAACUACAGACACAUUUGUUUGCAUUUGUCAGACAUUUUGUUGCCAUGAAUAUGACCAAAACCCAGGAAAACUUAUUGUGGAUCAAACUACUUCCCCAGGUUUUGGCCAGUGCUCAUGGUAACGGCACUAGGAUAUAUUUCUAGUUUGAAUCUUUUUAUGCAGAAACCAAUUUAAAAAAAAUCGUUUCAUCAAUUGGCCGAGGUUUAUAGGAUUAUCAAUGAAGCAGGCCUAUAUGUAGUGCACAGCAAAAACUCCGGUGUUGAUUUAACACAGGCCCGGAAUCUAUCAAUGUCCACACCAGAGAAGUAUUAAAACAACACCAGUUUGGAAUCAAACCGAUGCUGUUUUGAUACUAAUUGGUGUUGUAUAAACACCAAUCUGGUGUUAGACCAAAACGAAACUGGUGUUGUUUAACACUUCUCUGGUGGACAUAUAUAGAUUCCGGGCUGGUGUUAAAUCAACGCCAGAGUUUUUGCAGUGUGGAAAAAUACCAAAUUGCCAUUUGGCCUACACCCACUUUGUCUACUUUCCAUGCAGCAUAAUCCAAUUUGUCUACAACCCGUUUGGUCUAAUUGCCACUUAACCCAUUUACCAUACCCUCCUAUUCCAAAUUAAGCUAUACCCAUUUUCUGUGUAACCCACGUGGUCCAUGCAUGGACCUACUACAAUUGCUCAUGCGAUAUAUGCACUGUUUAGAAUAAAGUUUCUUUUUAUAGAGUGUGAAUUAAAAUGGAAGAGGACCAAGUACAAAUAAGACCAUCUGGGAAUGAGAAAUAGCCCAAGUGUAUAUCAUUAGACCAUGUGUUGGUUGGCUAAGUGGCAUUUAGACUAAGUUGUUUAUUAUGAGUGGGUUCAUCUGUAUUAGAUGAUGUAGAUGUAGAUGUGUUGUGGCUCAGUGGAUAAGUCUUCGGACUUUGAACCCCAAGGUCCGGGGUUAAAAUCCCACCGCAGCACUAGCGUCGUUUGGCAAGGCGUUUAUCUACAUUUGCCACUAUCGACCCAGGUGUAGUAAAUGGGUACCCGGUAGGAAGGAAUUCCUUGAAUGCUCGAUGCGCCCGAUCAGGGUAGCCGUGCUAAAGCCGGGGUAAUAGUAUGCAGCGCUUAGAAACAUUUGUAUUAAGCGCUAUAUAAAUGUUGCAUAUUAUUAUUAUUAUUAUUAUAAUAUAAUAAUAAUUAUUUCCUUGACUCUAAGUUCAAUAUACAAUGUAUAUUUUAAUGUUAUUUAAUCAUUUAUAAAUCAAAACUAUUAUUAUUGUAUUGGUAUGCCUAGGCUUAGCCGUAGUGUGAGUCGCAAUGUGAUCUGAACAGUUUGUUUGCAAAAGGGGUUAGAUCCACUUUAGAACCAUUUCGAGAAAAUCAUGUUGGGCGAAACUAAAUUGUCAUGAUACCCUACCAUGUGAAAAUAAAAUUGGGUAUAAAAGAGAUCUACCUGUCUUCAUAUUUUUUUCUUCUUCAAAAUUUUUUGUGUGUGGAUCUAGCCCAUUUUGCAAACAAACUGAAAUGGAUCUAACCACUUUUGAAAAAAAGUGAUUUUUCUUUGCCAUCUUUGUUCACUUUUUAAUGGGAAUUUCAAUUUUUUUUGGUAUGAUAAUCAUCUUAUAGAGCUACUAAAAAUCUAUUCAUUCAAACAAAAUAAAAUCAAAUUUGAUGAAAAAUUGA